AUGAUCGCUCCACAACUUCAUUUUCUGGCUGAUAUAGCUGAUCAAAUGGAACAAAUAAAUCAUCAUGAUGAUGAACAUGAUCAAUCAUCAAAUGAAGAAAAUACACAUGAUGAUCAACAGCAACUAUUAUUCAAAUAUCUUGCUGAAUCAUUACAAAAACAGCAACAACAACAACAACAAAGUGCACCAAUUGAUUUUUCAACAACAUCAAGUAAUCUUAAAAAAGAACUACAAGAUGGUGAUGAUAAUGAUGAUGAUGAUCAAGAUGAUGAAGAAGAAGAAGAAGAUUUAGAUAUGCAAGAUAAACAAUCUUCUUCAUUAAUUCCUUCAUCAAUGUCAAUGUUACCACCAUUAUUACUUCGUAAUAAACAUGGUAAACCUACUCGACCAUUUAAAGCUUAUCCACGUGAUCCAUUAUCUUUACCACUUGGUUUUUAUUCUCCAUUAGUUCCAUCAUCAGAUAAUCUUUUAAAUGUAUUAGCAUCAUCGAAUGAUGAUUUCUCUAAACAAUUUCGUAAACGUAUUCAACAAGCUCAAGAUCGUUUUAUAAAUCGUGGAAAAGAUUCACCAAUAAAAAAUUCUAAUCAACAACAACAACAACAACAACAACCACCACCACUACAAGAAAAACUUCAUAGUCCAUCUUCAACAACAAAUCAUAUACCGCCAAAAAAACGUUAUAGACCAAAUACACCACCACCAGAAAUUUCUUCAUUAACUUUAAAUCAACAAACAAGUCAGGAUACAGAUACAAAAGAUGAUGCUUACUGGGAACGACGAAGGAAAAAUAAUGAAGCUGCUAAACGUAGUCGUGAUGCACGACGCGCGAAAGAAGAUGAAAUAGCUCUUCGAGCGGCUUGGCUUGAACAAGAAAAUCUUAAACUUCGACUUGAAAAUGCACAUUUAAAACAAGAAAAUGUUCAACUUCGUUGUCAAAUCUAUGGUUCAACAGAUUUAUCUAAUACCUCAACAUAA